GGCGCUGUGUGUGUGUGUGUGUCUGUUUUUUCCUUACGUCGCUCGGGCCUCGCUCAUUCCACCGUGCAGUAGAGGUGUAUUUUUAUUGCGAAGAAAAGCGUACGCGUGUAAACCUAGCGCGCAUCGCUAUCAGGAGUUGUGCGAAGAGAAGGUGGCAGUUUGUAAAGUGUUUGUAUGUGUGAGGAAAAGUUUUAGUCAUUAAGAACGGUUUAGAGGGAAGAGCAGUAAAAGCAAAAAGGACACACCACAAAGGCAAAAAGUUAAAAGUGAAAAUCCGCACGGCUCCUUCCGCCGCCUUGUUCCGGACGACCAAACAGAAUGGAGCGCAUGGAGGUGGACGAUUCGGCCGUGGUCGACCUUAGCCUCGGUUCCGGGCGCUCCUCGAUCACGAUCACACCGUCCACGGCGCGCGAUCUGCGUGCGCUGGCGAAAAACUCCGGCCUCACCAUCACGCCCGCCCUGCCGCCCGUUUCCGCCUCCCAUCAUCACGGAAGCAACAGUGGUGGUGGUGGUGGUGGAGGUGGUGGGAACCUAGGCAGUGCUAUGAGUCCGGGUGCUGCUGCCGUUGCUGCACCACAACAACAACAACAACCCCCACCACCGACAAUGAGUAGUGGAGGAGUAGGAGGUGCAGCAUUGGGAGGAGGAGAAACGGGCAGCACAUCGCCCAUCCCGGGGCGGCGCGUUCUGCGACCCCGCACGGAGGUGAAGUCGUACGCGGAAGUGCCCGACAUCGUGCUGCUGCCGGCAAAGGUGAACGGCCGGUCACAGAACGGUAGUGGCGGCGGUGGCGGUACCGGCAGCGUCACCACCGGGCUGUCCGAAUCCGAGGACGAGGAGAUGCCGCCGGUCUACCCGAUCAAGGAGCUGACGGCGGCCGAAAUCUGCGAGCGCGAGCGCGGCCUGCGGAAGCUGCGCGAGGAGCUGCGCAGCGAGGAGACGAAGCUGGUGCUGCUGAAGAAGCUGAAACAGUCGCAGCAGGUCAUGAUGAAGGAGAACCUGAUCGUGACGCCGAGCAACGCGAACCUGUCGAACCCGCUGGCCGCAAUCCCGGCCGCCCUGACCAAGGGUUCGCUGAGCGUCACGCCAACGAACGCCGUGCCACUGCCAGCCCACUCGAAGUCAUCCUCCUCCUCCUCCAGCAAACCCAUCUCCAACCCGGUCAACAAUCGAGGCUCACCGUUAAACAUUACGCCGGUGCCGAAGGUAUCGCUCACCCAAAGACCGUCCCUGCCGGGCGGCGCUACGCUAACGCCGAGCAGCCCCGGCCAGCGGUUGCCUAUCGGGCUGAGCCGGGGUGCGUCCAAUCUCAUCAUCACGCCGUCGGUGACGAUCACGCCGACCAACGCGCCCACCGCCGCCAUGAAGCAGCGCAAUAGCCAGAAUCUUGGGCAGCUUAGCAGCUCGGUAUCGAUCACACCAACGCCACCGAUUCCGGCCCAGAUCAGCUGCACGACCGUGGAACCGGUAUCGCUGAAGCGCGAUCGCGAUCAAUCGACCCGCGAAGACCCGCAAAGCCAAGCCCAACGGCAAGCGUCCGCCAAGCUGGCACUCCGGAAGCAGCUAGAGAAAACAUUGCUUCAGAUUCCACCACCCAAGCCGCCACCGCCGGAGAUGCACUUCGUGCCGAACCCGAGCAACAUCGAGUUCGUCUAUCUGCUCGGGCUCGAGCACGUGGUGGACUAUCUGACGAAGGACAAAAAAUCGAACCCACCACAGCACCCGUACCGGUGCGCGCAGUGCAAGAUCGACUUUACGCCCGUGUGGAAAUGGGAGAAACAGGGUAAAAGAGGAAAUCCCACUUUUCAGAACAGUCCAGUUGGCAAGGAUCCGAAGGUCAUCUGCGAGCAGUGCGUGACGAGCAACGUGAAGAAGGCUCUGAAGGCCGAACAUACGAACCGUCUCAAGACGGCGUUCGUGAAGGCGCUGCAGCAGGAGCAGGAAAUCGAGGCCCGGCUGGCGGCCCAAAGCAGCCCCUCGCCGGUCGACAUCCAUCCAACGCCCUCGUCCACCCCGGGACUGCGCGAGCAGCGUGAGUUGCGCGAGCUGGAACAGGCGCAGCAGCAGGCCCAGCAGGCCGCCGCCCUGCAGCAUCUCCAGCAGCAGCAGCAGCAGCAGCAGCAACAGCAGCAGCAGGCGGCACGCCAGCAGCGCCAGAAGGAGCAGCAGGAGCAGCUGCGCCAGCAGCAGGUACAGCUGCAGCAGCUACAGCAGCAGCAACUACAGCAGCAGCAACAGCAACAACUUCAACAGCAACUGCAGCAGCAACAGCUGCAGCAGCUCCAGGAACAGCAGCAACAGCAGCAGCAGCAGCAAAGUCGCCAUCACCAUCUGCACCAGCUGCAUGCGGCCCAUCUGCAGUCGCAGGCGCCCUCAAAAUCGAAAACUCCCACGCCGACCCCGCGCCCAACGCCCACACCACCGAACCAGCAUCAAACACCGCCACCCGCGUCCAGCUCCCGCUCCAGCCGGCACAGUGCGACGGCAAACGCGACGGCAGAGGCUGCCGCCGCCCAGCUAACGGCGCUGGCCGGGCUAGGCGGGCUGGGUCAGCUCGGCGCGCUCGGCAACUUCGGCAGCCUGGGCAAUCUGGCCAACCUCAGCAAUCCGACGGCAACGGCGGCCGCCGUCCAGGCAAUACAGCAGCAGUUCUUUAGAGGACUGCAGCAAAACCUACAGGCCGGUAACCUAAACAUGAACAGUCUGCAGGCGCAAAUGAUGCAAUUUUCGCCCCUACUGUACUCCUAUCAGCUGGCAAUGGCUCAAGCAGCAGCGGCUUCGUUAUCGGCCGCCGGUAAGGGUUCCUCGAUAGCCGAAAUGCAGCGUGCGAUAGAGCUGCAGCGUCAGUAUCAGGAGAUGAUGUCCCAAUCCAACCCUGGGCCGAGCAACAGUAGACAAAAUAAUUGGAAAUCUUAAGCAAAGCAACCCGCUGGAGAGACAAAGAGAGAAGGAGAAAGCGAGAGCGUGCGGAAUGGUCCAUUUGGGCAAAACAGUGAUGGCAACAUACAGCAGCAGGCAACUUUGGGACUUUAAGAGCAAAAGAAGGCGCCAUGAGCGUAAUGUGACUGCGGCACUUAUGCUAACUGAUGCAAAUGACGUUCGAGACGACUUCCGUCCGAAUUUGUCGUCUUCGCCGAUUGUAUGCCAAUGGACAACCGCACGCACACAGACACACAAACACACUAAACCCAAACAAAAAGGACGUAAAUUUCAUGCAGAGAAGGCUUCUUCGCCGACUGGCCGGCAGACUGACUCUGGCUGGCUUUAAAUGCUAUGAAGGUCAAACGAUGAGAGGCGGCAAACAUAGUGAGUGCUGUUUUAGUGAUAAGCGAUUCUUUCUGUUUAUAUGUUUUAUAUCAUAUUCUUUUCUUUUUUUUUUGUACAAUGACGAUAACUAAGAUCGUACGCAUUAGGACGGUAAUUUUUAGAUAAUUUUGUGGCUAGUUGUUGUUUGAACAAAGGCAGAAUUUUGUUCGCUCACGUUUCGAAGAACGCAAGUUCACACUAAGGUACUACUACUACUAAACGACGCCCCUCCAAAUUACGCGCCAGCGACAGAAACCCCCGUAAGAAAUCGAACUAAAAAGCAACGCGAUCAUCAUCCCGUCCCGAUCAGGUCGAUUCGCGUGUGAUAAAGUUAGCUAGAGGAAGGUGUGUCAAAAUGCACCUUUUUACAGUCACUUUUUGGCAGUUUAGGGAAAGGCACUCGCGGAUUGGCCUUUACCCAUCCCAUCCCUUCACCCGUCGUUGGUGCUGUCGUGCGUAUAUGUGUGUGUGUGUGUUUUGUUUUGCGUGUGUAAUGCACGUGCUUUGCCUUUUGAUAGCGACGAUAAGCUUGUGUUUUCGUUUUGCCACAUUUAAAGUUUUAUUCAGCUGCACACUUGAAUAUCAAUGUUUGAUUUUUCCACUAACAACACACACACACAUAUAUAUGGAAUUAUAUACUAUUAGGAAGAUAAUUAGGCACCAUGGUUUGCAGUGGCUUUCUUACUACUAGUACUACUACCUAAUACUAUUAGGGUAAAUUGUGUUUAUGCGCUUUAAGCAAAAACACACCCAAGUGAAAGGGACAGGUCGAUGAUAGUAGCAAGGCGGGAAUAUUGAAUUUGAUUUUAAGUUUAAAGUUCAAAUCAAAGUUUUUUUGUUGUUGUUUUGUCGAAUAAUGUGACUUGCUGCUAAACCACAGAGUUGCGUAUAAUUUCCCAUACUGGAGCUCUAGUCUGUGUAAAAUGGCUAAUUUACAGCUGUUUUAACUUAAAUUUAGCACAGCAAGACCAAUUUCUAAUCACUGACCAUUUUCCUAAAAACACUUUGUGCAGGAAAAUUGUAAUUUUGAAUCCAACCAAAUUGCAUAUCUCGAGGCACAAGACUUUGGCACUUUUGCUGAAUGUUCGUUUGGUUCGUCAAUGACAGCAUCGAAAUACGACCAAGUUAAGCCCCAAUCUGACUGAUAAUACGUGGUUCAGGUUUAUUCACAGCAGGACACCCGAGUUCUGCGUGUGAACGGACUGCAAGAGCCGCCGGGGCACUAUUUGUUUCACAAAAUACUUCGUUUUCAUAGCUUCUAAAAGACUCUGUUUUGUGUUUGAACGUGCAUUGGUGACAGGCAGACAGGAAGGUGUAAUAGCAUUAAACAUCCAACUGUGAAUUAUUCCUAAUAUCGACCACUACGAUACGAAUAGACUAUGGGAGACCUCGUUCUUCCUACAUUCAACACACUCUCAUCUUUAUAGAACAAUAGGAUGAUUCUCUGUGUCUUUAAAUUUGUUGAAAAAAUCAAAAGAUUGUUUUGUUUUCCCGUUCCUCCUUUUAAUUGAUCCAAACCAAGCUUUUUUUGGUUGCUUUUAUAGCUUUAUAGCCCCUCCUAUUGUACAUGCCAGGAUACUUUCACAUCUACCUUUUAGUUAAAACAUGUGCCUCUGAGUGUGUGUAGAGUGUUUUUGUUAGGUGAUAAUUUCCCCGCAUCCCCCCACAAUCUUUUGGGACUUUUUUCUGUUCUGUUUGCCCCUUAACACCUGAGUUUAUUCCUUUCGUUUCAAGCAAUAUGUGCUGAAUACACACAUAAUAUCAUGAGAGCGUUUCUACGUAAACUUACCUACCAAAUAUAAAGUAAACCAUCGUAACUAAACCUAUCCUAACGUAAUGGAAGGACAUUAACACACAACACUUUUCUGCUGACAUGCAUCAUUAUUACGAUAAUAAUGAUGAUGGGGCUAAGCAUAUGAUGGUUUAGCUGCGACAUUCGAAGCAAUGAGGGAUGAAACAAAUUCCCAAUCAAAUAACAAAACAAAUCUUCUUCCCCCCGCCGCACCGCUGUCCCUUCUCGUCAACUGUAGGGAAUGUGGUCCCGUUUCUCUAAAUUGCAAAAUUUGUGAUAAACUUUUUGCGUUCUUGCCUGGGAAUACAUUAGAACCGGCACACACGGUGCGCGCUCUGUGCAGGAAUUAUCGUUUGCUCAAUUAUACACAUAGAGAAACUCGAGACGGAAAAGGGUAGACAACGGCUACGUAAGGGAAGGAUGGUUUAUUUUUAUUAAGUAUGCAAAGAUCUGGGACACUCGAGAACAAGAACAAGGAGUAAUAGAAGUAAUAGAAGAUCGUCUUUUUGGAAAAAAACAAAUAACCGAUCUUGCACCAUGAACACAUUGAUGCUUUCUUUUUGCACGCUUGUGCAACAGUUAUGAGGUUAAAUAGUUUACGUUAGUUAGACUUUUUUUGUGUACAAAUGUGUUUCGUUCUGUAUUGCCUUAUCAAUUAUAAUUUCAUCUAUAUGACGUUUCAUAGCCCGUUUUGUUGAAAUGUGGUUCAUUUUUACGACUAGUUGUUUUCCCCCUUUUUUGUUUGUUACCCAUUUUACAACAAUGGUUCAUGGUGAACGGCCACACAAAACUUACACUGUGAGAGAGGCAUGAGAAGGAGGUAACAUCAAAAGUAGCAGCUAUGCAAGGAUAAGCUGUAUUAUGUUUUAAAUUCAACGGUUUUCUUUUCGAAAUGAUGCGUCAAUACGCUUGCAAAAAAAGAAAGUAAAGCAAAAACAAAAAAAAAACAAACCAACAACCACAACAAGAAACAAAACUAAAAACAAGAGAGGUUAAGUUAGCUUAAAGUUUAGACAAAAAGAGAAAAAGGUAAGGUGGUAAGCGCGUGUAAUGUAAGGAUUGGAUGAAAAAAGUUUAACAAAAAAAAGAAGAAGAUGGGUGAGACAUAUUUUAGGCAAAUAACAAUAACGAAAACAAUUGAAUAAGAUGCUACAGUAAACGUGUAAGGCUCUACUGUUAGGAUGGAAGAGAUGUGGUAUAAGAUAUGAUAAAACAAAAAGGAAAAUGUGAGCAUGUGUGCGCGCGCUAGAAAGUAAACGCGAAAAGUAUAAGGGAAGGCGAAAAAUUUACAAAGAAAUUCUAAGUAAUAUUUUUUAAGUCUAGGCUAAAAACGAAUUUUGGUGGUCGUAAGGAAACAAAAACAAACAAGCAAAAAUGUAAGGGAUGGAGAAAAGCGUGUUUUGCUCGAAAAGCGGUGUGAGUUUUUUUUUCUUCUAUUUGAUAGCUUGCUUGAGAAAGGACCGAUCGAGGGCGUACGGUAACGAAGCCGAAGGGAAGAAAGUGAGAGCAGCAGGAACAUGGUGUGCGGGACGGACUAAUCAAAACCACAGUAAAGAGAGCAGGCAAUUUAAAAUGCGCGAAACAUGAAAAGAAACCUUUCUCUUCUCCUAAAACACACAAAAUUAGGCCUUAACUUUACUUGUGUCACACAGUACCAAACACACAAAGUGGGGAAUUCUUUUUUUUAUUCGAAAACAUAAUGGCAAUAUUUAGAAAAAAGUCCUCUUAUUUCUACGAUUGUUUCGAUCUCGCCAAACAAUUCUAGACAGCAAAUGACAAAAAUUAAGUACAAACUAUGUUUUCAUUUUUCGGAUCUGAUUUAUAUCCUUCUCAUACGUUUUGGCCUUU